UACCGUUCAAACAACGCGGACACUAACAAAAUAACUACAUCGACGGUCAUCACAAUGAACAGACCGCCUGAGAAAAGAAAACCAGCGACGGUUAAAGAAAAGAAAUCCGGUCCUCCGAGCAGAGAACCGGUUCAGGAAGAACCGGUUCAGGAGGAGCCGGAGGGUCCCGCCGCUCUGCCCGAUCAAACCGGAGUCCGGCCUCGACCUCGACCAGUGGACGGGACUGAACGAAGGACCAAGACUAGGAAAAAUAAAAACGUGGCUUCGGUUAGACCAAGUCAACCAAACGCUGAUAUACCCAAAAACCUCUCAGCUGGAGAAUCCCUGAACCCAGAUCCAGCCCAGCUCACCCAAACCUCACCCAGACAGGGAGGUGGUGGUCCAGUCAUCAGCUUUACCAUCCCGCCGACAGAGGAGGAUCUGAAGCAAAUGGAGUCUUGUCUCCAAGACAAGAAGGGACACAUUAAACGUCCGAUGAAUGCCUUCAUGGUGUGGGCUCACAUCCACCGACGUGCCCUGUUUCAAGCCCGUCCUAAUGCCGCCCUGGCCGACAUCAGUGCUCAGCUGGGCAGCGAGUGGUCCAAGCUCAGUAAGCAACAGCGGAGGCCCUACUUUGAAGUGGCUGACAAACUGAGAGUCAAGCAUCAGGAGCAGUUCCCUGAUUAUAUGUAUUGCCCCAAGAAGAAGAAAUGCAAGGAAAAUUUAGAUUCACAGCAGAAAGCAGGAGAGGCAGAUGGACAGGCAACAUUACAACACCAGGACUCCAGUGUUUCCUCUUUUGUCUCACAAGAUGUGCAUUUAGCUCAAUCCAAGUUACCGAACCUCAGGAUGUACCAGUGUCCUGUUGUGGUGCCCCACGCAGUGGGCUGCUGUCCCCACUCAUCUUUUGGUCCAUACCAUGCAGCGGGCGUCCAGAUGCACCAAUCAAGGCUUCUCUACGGAUACCCAAAUGCCAGCAUCUAUGUGGGAGAAGUGGCGAGUCACCACUACACUCACCUGCAGGGGAACGCAAUCGUUCAGGUCGACAGUGAAGCCAUGCAGCCAGAGCAUUAUCUAUGUCACAUUAGUCAAGAAGACCUCUCGGGCUUUGUCAGACCCUCGGAGAACCUUGAGCAGCCUGAUGUUGCCACCAGUAAGGUGGAAUAUAAUGGGGAUGAUGGUGAUGAGGAGGAGGAGGAGGAGGCUGUUGAUGUCGUGGGAUUGCUCUAGGGGAUGUUCAGCACAUGAAAAGCAACACGGGAGUGAAAUUUACAUUUACUGAUCUAAUAAAUAAAACAUUCUGUGACUAUA